AUGGCUCCCUUAACCGAAGUCGGGGCUUUCUUGGGCGGCCUGGAGGGCUUGGGCCAGCAGGUGGGGUCACACUUCCUGCUGCCUCCUUCAGGGGAGCGGCCGCCUCUGUUAGGCGAGCGGCGGGGCGCGCUGGAGAGGGGCGCCCGAGGCGGCGGGCCGGGUUCCGUGGAGCUGGCGCACCUGCAUGGCAUCCUGCGCCGGCGGCAGCUUUACUGCCGCACCGGCUUCCACCUGCAGAUCCUGCCCGACGGCAGCGUGCAGGGCACCCGGCAGGAUCACAGUCUCUUCGGUAUCCUGGAGUUCAUCAGUGUGGCGGUGGGACUGGUCAGUAUCAGAGGUGUGGACAGCGGUCUUUACCUUGGAAUGAAUGACAAAGGAGAACUCUAUGGAUCAGAGAAAUUGACUUCUGAAUGCAUCUUCAGGGAGCAGUUUGAAGAGAACUGGUAUAAUACCUAUUCAUCGAACAUCUAUAAACACGGAGACACUGGCCGCCGGUACUUCGUAGCGCUUAACAAAGAUGGAACUCCAAGAGAUGGUGCCAGGUCCAAAAGACAUCAGAAGUUUACUCAUUUCUUACCGAGACCAGUGGACCCCGAACGAGUUCCAGAAUUAUACAAAGACCUGCUGAUGUACACUUGA